GACACAGCAGAGAAGCCACAAGUGUUGUGUGAAACCUUUCAUUUUGACCAGCCGCGUGUGCAGUGACGAAGCCUCCGCACGAUGCGCCCGGUACCGGCAAUUAUACUUUGUGCUCUUUUUUGUCUUGGUGUUGCCCAAGAUACGACAAGUGAUGAUGAUACUAACGUUAAGACAAACCACGUUGAACCCUCGCCUUCGGUUCGUUUAGAUCCCUACAUAAGAAAAGCUUUAUUAAAAGCACUCAGUGAUCUUGAAGAGAGUGAAAAUGUAACCAUCUCGGAAACAACGGAUGGCACAUCACCUUUUUUCUCAGAAAACACUAGUGACGAAGUAACAGUCUCACAGGCUAAUAAAGAAAAUAUACAAAUUCAUUCCUUUGUUGUCAAUGGCCAAUCUGCCUUUAAUAAUACAUCACACGCGACUCCAACAAUAAUAGAUAACAAUAUAUCAAUUUUAAGUACAACAGUUGGCAAUGUUGAAAAUCAUGUUACAUCAAAUCUUCCGACACAAACGCCAUUCAAUGAAGUUUUUCAAACAAGAGAGACUGGCGUUAAUAUACAACAAGUAAGAAGCAUACCAAGUACAUCAAAAUCUAAAGAUAGCAUUUUUGCACAAAAUAAACUGACAACAGAAAAACCUCACCGUAUAUCAACAACUACAACGUCAACUACAACUACGACUACGACACCAAAACCAACGCACAAUGAAGAUGGAGAAAAUAUUGAAGAAGUGAGUAAAAAGGAUGUUCAAGUGUUUCAAGCGCCCUUAGUAGCAGCUUUUACAGUUCACCAAGAUGCACAUGGAAUUCCAAAAAAAGUUAUACCCAUAUAUCAGCAAACUAAUACUCAAAGUGGUUCAAAAAUAUCAAACUUACCAACUAAUAUUCCCCAACUGUCAAACCUAAAUCAUGCUGUACCAGAUAUUUCAUCCACUGAAUUUAUCAGCCAGCAGUUAACACUACAAAAACAAUUAGAAGAAAAACAAAAACUUUUAGAAGAACGACUUCGAUUCCUACAAAUACAACAAAGGCAACAAGAAGAAUUAUUAAGGAGUCAACAACUACUUUUGCAACAGAAAGAAGUUGAAAGAAUACAACAGUCACUGUUUGAACAAGAACAAUUUAAGAAACAACUAAUAUUAUUAGAACAACAAAAGCUUCCAACACAACAAAUAUCUAACUUUUAUACACAUAAAAGCGUUCCACAAAACCAAAUUUUAAGUCAAAACAAUCUAAGACCACAAAAAUCCCAAGUGUCAAUUCAACCAAGCCUUUCAUUAGAUCAAACAAAUACCUUAGCCGCUCAGCAGCAACUUCCAAACAGAGAAGCUGUUGAUUUUCUUAUUCACUUACGUACGAAACAACAAAAUCAGUUUCCUUUACAAGAUAACCAUCUCCCUCAAGGCAUAAGCAAUUUCUUGCAACCUAAUUCUGAUCAAAGCUUUCCUCAAGGCUUAAAUUUUCAUCUAACAAAUCAAAUCAAAUCUUCAGAUGAUCCAAGACAGAAGCAAGGUACUCGUGUAUUUCGUCAUGAAAGUAAUGUAGGGAAUUUAGGUGUAAAUAUCCCAAAAUACAAUAGAUUCAAUACCUUUGAGCCACCAUUUACAAAUCGCUUUUCAACACCAAACAAAAUUAACCCGUUCAGCCCAGAUGUGGAACUAAAACAGUUAUUAGCUCAAAGUAAUCUUAACUCACGGGCGCAGGAAGAUCUUAAUAUUGUAUCGAAAGUUUUGUCUCUGAAUCAUGGAAUUCCAUUUCACAACAUCCCAAGUCGACUGUCUUUCGAUAACCAAAGACGUACAAGAACUUUGUCUUAAAAGUGACAAAAUAUAAUUCAGUCAUAGAAAUAAGUAUAGUUCAACUUUCAUGGUCUGAAUUAUUUGCCUUCAAUUGUCAAAUUUUGAGUACCUGUUUUAAUACGAGUUUCACACAUUAUUUCAACAGAUAGCCAUGGAGUUUUUUUUUAAUUAGUGUCAAAGGACAUACAUAAGGCACAACCCAAAGAUCAAGGUCACUUUGUGCAUUGUACUUAGCAGUAAUCGUUUUAUUUCACAAAGCUACAUAAGUUAAUUUUUGAAAUAAACUACAAAAUAUUAUAUAACUGUUUAAUUUAAGAAUUUAUUUAUUUUACAAUAUAAUUUUUCUGCCAUAAGUAGUUAACAGUCUGCAGUUUAUAAUAACUACAGUAAAUGUAUCUAACAAUAUCAUGUUUUAUUAAGUAAGUUAUCAUAUAGUCAUAGUUAUAAUACAAUAUUUUAGUUGUCGAGAGUGUAGUUGGCAGUACACUAGCAUUCUGUAUAAUACAUAAACUGUGUAUGUAUUAUGCAGUCAGCAUUAUCGCUAACGAAUAUGAAAUUAAAAAUUGUCAGAUGGUGGUUUACAGAGACAAACCAGAGAGAAAUAUAAUUUUAUUAAAAAAAAAAGUAUAAGAAGAUUUUAUACUAUAAAAUUGUACAAAGUAUGAAGUAAGAUUUUAAGAGUAAAGAUAAAUAUAUCAUAUUAAUAUUGAAUUCAAUUAAUAUUGUAGAGAUUUAUUCACAAAUUUAUUUUAUUAAGUGUAAACGUAUAUACGGAGAGCAUUAAGUAUAAAUAUAUUAAGACUAUUCGUCGUUAAGUGUGAAUUUUUUUGCUAGAUUUAAUAGACUCGUUACGCAGGACUUUCUUCUUCAUUGUAACUUCUCAUUGCAAUUUCUUAAUACUUAACAUGUUGGAAAUUGUUUUUGAAAAUGUCGAGUCUUCCCAAACUCUAGUGCAAAUUCUUUUAAAAUAGUCAUCAAGCAAAAAACAGCAUCAGGAAUUUAAUUUAGUUUUAUUUUUUGCGAUUUUAAAUAAUUAUGGUUAUUUAUAUAUUUUAGCAAAUGACACUUUGUAUAAUUAAUA